CUUACCUGAUAUCCAGGCAACUUCUUGUGGUCAUUUUUCAACAGAUAUAAAAGGCCAAUACCCUAGCCACUUUCCAACUAGGUCUUUCCUUAAUAGACAAUUGUAAUCAAGAAGUACAAAUGGAAGGAAGUUCUUGCAAAUCAGAAGGAAAAGAAGGUGGAAAUGGAUUCAGUGAGAUCACUCUUCGGCCAUUGGAUCUCUCUGACAUAGACCAUCUCAUGGUGUGGGCUACAGAUGAUAAAGUGACUCGUUUUUGCUCAUGGGAACCCUACACUUGUAAAGAAGAUGGCAUAGAGUUUAUCAAGACCAAGGUUAUUCCCCACCCAUGGUUCAGGGCAAUUUGCCUUGACAGCCGGCCAAUUGGUGCCAUUUCAGUGGCCGAAAAUUCGGGCAAUAAGUGCAGAGGUGAGCUUGGGUAUGUUUUGGGCUCCAACUACUGGGGCAAAGGGGUUGCAACUAGGGCAGUGAAACUGGUGGCUAAUACUAUAUUUAGCGAGUGGCCACACUUGGAGAGACUUGAAGCUCUGGUUGAUGUUGAAAACGUGGGCUCCCAAAGGGUGCUGGAGAAGGCUGGGUUCCAGAGGGAAGGUGUUCUGAGAAAGUAUAUUUUUCAGAAGGGGAAAACUAGAGACAUGGUUAUGUUUAGUCUUCUCUCUACUGAUCCCAAAACCUGAAUAUUUGUACAAAUUUUAAUUAUCAAGGCUUUUGUUAUUUUAAAUUUA